AUGGGGAGUUCAGUGGAGCACAAGCGCAACCCAGAGUCUUUGGGCACAGCAGUGACACCAGCUCGCACCAUGGGCUUGCUCCUCGGGGUACUGGUGGCAGGAGCUCAGACAGAGAUGAAGAGAGUGGUGGGGGACAAUGCUACGCUGCCCUGUCACCAUCAGUUCUGGGUGGGAGAGGACCCCACGCUGGACAUCGAGUGGCUGCUGCUCAAGCCCAACAACAAGCACAGAGUGAUCAUUACGUACUUUGCGGGCCGCGUGUACGACCACAAUGAUGACAGCCGUGUGGCCUUUGCCGGGGAGUACAUAAAGGGCGACGCCUCACUGCUCAUCAGUGAUCUGUCCCUCAGCGACUCUGGGGAAUACAACUGCAAGGUCAAGACCGGAGCGCAGUACCACUGGAGCACCAUCAGCCUCAUAGUACUGGUGAAGCCGUCCAAGCCUCGCUGCUGGAUGGAGGGGAAGCUGUUGGAAGGAGGAGACGUGAAGAUGAGCUGUAAGUCCUCCGACGGCUCAGACCCCAUCUACUACAAAUGGGAGAGGGUCCUGGACAAGGGCAAGUACGUCGGCAAACUACCUCCUCUGGCUCUCGUAGAUUUGAAAAACCCGGAGAUUGUGACUCUGAGGAACUUAACGAAGGAAAGUGCAGGCGUGUACAAGUGCACAGCCAGUAAUGAUGUGGGAGAGGAGAGCUGCACUGUGGAGGUCAAGAUGCACUACGUCAGGGGAAUGGGGGUGGUGGCCGGCGCGGUGGUGGGUGUGUCCUUUGGCGUCCUCCUCAUCAUCCUCAUCAUUUGGCUGGUGUUCCGCAAGAAGGAGAUGAAGAAGUACGAGGAGGAGGAGACGCCCAAUGAAAUCAGGGAGGACGCGGAGGCUCCCAAGGCCAAACUGGUGAAACCCAACUCCCUGUCAUCGUCGCGAUCAGGCAGCUCUCGCUCGGGCACCUCCUCCACCCAGUCCAUGGUCCACAACAUGCCCCCGCGCCCACAGCGAGCCUGUGUCCCAGCUGUGGCCGCCCUCAAAGAGAACUGCCACCAUGCACCAGGCUACUCCCAGUCUCCCCCUAGCUACUCUCAGAGUCUCCCCAAGACCCCCGAGCCCCGAGCCACGCCCGCAUCCUCAUCCACCACCACCACCACCUCCUCCAAGCCCAGCCCACCGCCCAAACUCAGCCCUGCCAACUUGUCCCGCAUGGGGGCCACUCCGGUCAUGAUCCCGGCCCAGAGCAAGGCCUUCCAGACUGUGUAG